AUGGCCAAAGAGUCUACGGAUCAGGGCGACACCAGCAAUCUGAAGGGGAAAGAGGAGAGUCGCGAUGGGCGGGACACGGUGGAGGAAGAAAGUGUGGACGACAGCGAAGAGGAGAGCGACGACGAAGACGAAGAGGAAGACGAGCCCAAGCUGAAAUACGCCCGGUUUACGAGUCAUCUGGGUCCGGUAUACCGGAACGGAGAUGCCACAAGCUGUUUUAUGGUUGCGGGGGACAAGAUGAUCAUCGGAACACAUAAUGGAAAUAUCCACGUAUUUUCACUGCCAACCUUCCAACCACUACGAGCAUACCGGGCUCAUACCGCGUCGACCUCAAGCAUCUCUAUAUCUCCCUUUCCUCCGCCAAGAGCGACUCCGGUUCCAGAGGCAGUAAGCAGAGUGGUAUCUCAAGCCCAAACACCUAGAAGGACCCCAUCGACAUCUUCGGAGGCCACUGCGGCCAGCCCACGUGGGCCUCGAAUGACCCAGCUCAUUGCGAACACACCUUCCAACGCCAUAUACAUUGCUACUUCUUCAAUCGACGGGAACGUCUGUGUGCAGUCAUUGGUAGAUGUAAAGGAUGUUCAGCUCAGGAAUUUUGGGAGGCCGGUGCAAGCGGUAGCUAUCUCGCCGGACUACAAGAACGACAGAACAUAUAUUUCUGGCGGGCUGGCAGGCAAUCUCGUUCUCACAGUCGGAGCAAAAUCCGGGGCUUCUCAAUCCACAACCACAGGGACAGCUGCCGCUACAGCAUCGGGCUGGCUAGGGGCUAUUGGACUUGGUGGAAAUGCUGGGAAAGACACAGUAUUGCAUUCGGGAGAAGGUACUAUCAGUACUAUCAAAUGGUCACUCUCCGGGAAAUAUGUCUUGUGGAUCAACGAGCAUGGUGUCAAGAUCAUGCGGACGCAUUUACAUCUGGAUAGUGCAGAUCUAGAGUCGGCUUGGAAAAGAAUAGGUCAUGUGGACCGGCCCCAGGAUAACGGUUGGGAGGAAAUGGCUGGUGUUUGGAAAGGACGGGCCGAAUGGAUUGACGAAAAAAGUCUCGAAACAGACGACGACGACAGAGCUCGCGAAACAUCAGUCGCGUCUCCUGCUACAGCAAAGUUGAAGCAGCAGGCAUCGAAAAGUGGCCAACGAAUUGAAAAGUUGGUUGUGGGGUGGGGAGGCACGGUAUGGAUCAUCAACGUGCAUCCUGGGGGUGUAGGUGUUGGUAAAAAUAUUGGGGAAAGGUCGGUUGGAAAGCCGGAGAUCAUCAAAAUUCUACGCAUGGAUUGCAUUAUUUCUGGAUUGUCGUUAUAUACCCCAACUUUGCUUCUUGUACUUGCUUACGUUACACCGGGAGGGGACGAGGAGGACGAAGUAGCUCCCAAGGGACACAACUCCAAGGCAUCGACAGGCUCCUCCAGCAGCGAGCCUCGCGGUGGUAUUCGUCGUCGACAGAAUGCCAGGUCUCCUGAGCUUCGUCUCAUUGACCUCAACUCGUCCCAAGAAGUCGACACCGACACCCUUACUGUCAGCCGAUUUGAAAGACUGUCGGCGACUGACUAUCAUCUUGGUGUACUGCCCGCUGCACGUGCUACCUCAGUAACCCAGUCCUCACGUAGUACGUUAGAGACUUUGGCGGGCAUGGGCAGCGGGAUGUGGAAUGCUACAAUUAAUGCAACGACUCUGCUCAGUUCGAGCGCCAGCGUACGGAGUAAUGGCAGCAAGGGCUCCGACACGAAGCAAAGUGCAGCAAGCAGUGCUCGAGGCAGACCCGGAACACGCAGUCCAUCAGCCCACCCACACAUUGUGGUGCCAGGGAUGAAAAUCUUUAUACACAGUCCCUAUGACUGCAUACUGGCUACCAAAAGAGAUCUCUCGGAUCAUUUGUCGUGGCUCCUAGAACACGAGAAGAACCAAGAAGCCUGGGAACUGAUAGACGAGCAUCCCGAGGUCAUCGCGGCAUCUCCAGAGAAGCUUGCCGAGAUUGGGCCCGGGACGCCUGAAAAGAAACAGCAGAGUACCGAUGACUUUUACGACGAUACUUCGACAGUGAACUCUGCCAGUAAAUUGAUCAACUCUUCGGUCGAAAAAGAGAAACGUCGUGUUGGUGAGCUCUGGAUCCAGCAAUUGAUCAAAGCUCGCGAUUGGGUCGGUGCUGGUAGAGUAUGUGGCAAAGUGCUUGGUACUGCCCAGCAAUGGGAGGAGUAUGUCUACACUUUUGUCGGUGCUGGAAAGUUUGACGAGAUUACAAACUAUAUUCCGACAACACAAAUGAGCCCUCCGUUGAAGUCUGAAAUCUUCGAGGUAAUCUUGGGCCACUACGCUGCACGCAAUCGGCCGAGAAUAAGGGAGCUGUUGGAUCAGUGGCCACCCGAUCUUUUCGACAUCAAGAGUAUCACGACCGUACUUGAGAACCAGAUCAAGUAUCGCGAUCUUCGUGAAGACAGUGUUGAAGAUGGCGAGGUCGGGAGAGAUUGGCGAAUCGUGAUGGAGAGUUUGGGUAAGCUUCACGUUGCCGCUGGACGUCCGCGAGAAGCACUGAAAUGCUACAUAAGGCUGCAAGAUGCCGACACGGCGAUGUUCCUGAUCAAGGAGUAUCAUCUGGUUGAUGCUGUUGCUGAUGAUAUUCCGGGAUUAAUCUUUCUUCGCGUCUCGAAGGAACAGAAGCGUAGUGCUUCUGUCGCCGAGCUGCAGGAAUUGACAUCGGAAGCGAUUUCGCUACUAGUAGAUGAGGCGCAGCAUGGCCUGGUCAGUCCACAGGUUGUCGUGAACCAGUUACAAGAAAAGAACAUGACUCUCUAUCUCUUCUUCUACGUCAGCUCGCUAUGGAGAGGCGACGGUAUCAAAGAACAUCAAGGCGAGACUCGAGAAAGGCUCGUCUCGGAGAGUAAAUCUCUCGUCGACGACCUAGCCGAUCUCGCCGUCCACCUCUUUGCCCUUUAUGACCGAGACCUUCUAAUGGACUUCCUCAAGUCCUCCACCUUUUACACGUUUGAAACCGCGACACAAGAAUGCGAAGACCGUGACUACAUCCCCGAACUAGUUUAUCUCUACUCUAAAACUGGGCAGCCUAAGCGUGCCCUGCUCCUGAUCAUCGAGCGCCUUAACGAUGUCUCGCAAGCAAUCUCUUUCUGCAAAGCGCAGGACGACACGGAUCUAUGGACCAACCUCCUCGACUACUCAAUGGACAAGCCGCGAUUCAUCCGCGGCUUGCUCGAGGAAGUAGGCACAGCCAUCGAUCCUAUCACACUCGUGCGUCGCAUCCCAGAAGGUCUCGAAAUCGAAGGCCUUCGUGAGGGACUGGGCAGAAUGAUAAAGGAGUACGAAAUUCAACACAGCAUCUCCUUAGGCGUGGCCCGCGUUCUUCGGGGCGAGGUCGCGCUCGCGCAAAUGACGCUAAGAAGCGGGCAAAGAAAGGGCGUUAAGUUCGACGUGGUCAGGAAACAAGAGGACCACAUAGAUGUCGAGGCCUCCGAUGUCCCAACCAACACUGAUGGAGUGGCUUCCUCGAAAAUCGCGCGCGACUUCACCGAAGCCGCUACAGCUCCGGCACUGCCCGCGCCGGGCCAUUGCGUAGGCUGCCGCAACCCGUUCUCGGGCCAGGAAAUGGAGACAUUGGUCGGGUUUGCGUGUGGACACGUGUUUCACUUGACCCAUCUGCUGAACUUCACGAGUGAGGGGAAUGGCGGGAGGCCGUUAACGCCGCCUGAUGUAGAGCGGGACGAGAAUGGGGAAUGGAGGCAGGGAGACGAGGGGACACAUAGUGUUGGCGCCAAGGUUACGCAUGCGAGGCUGCUAAGGGAUCGAAUCCGCGACGGAUGUCCGGUUUGUGUGGGAGCAAAGGAGUUAAUAGUGUAG